AUGGAUCAAAGGUUUGAACAGUUACAGAAGGAUAUGCAAGACCAGUUGCAGGAGCAAUUGGCCAAGAUGCAAAACGAUAUGAGGGAGCAAAUGUUAGAGGCUCAAAGGAAUAUGAUGGCCGAGAUGGCUCAGCUACUGAGAGCCAUUGAUAAGGGAAAGGCUCCCAUGGCAAUCCUGCGGGCUUUACCCAACCCACCUCCUAGGAGGCCAUCUGUCACUAUAAUGCCUCAACAUGGGUCGAUCGAUACCGAAAUCCCUAUGAAUUUCCCAACUGCCUCAGGAUUUGAUUUGGGUGACAACCUUGCUAAUCCAAUCAUUCCUGACUUAGAUAUGGCUGAAAGGGAAGGGCAUCAGGGAGUUGAUGCCAAAGAUCUAAGCUUGGUCCCAGAUUUGGUGCUUCCUCACAAAUUCAAGAUGCCAAAGUUUGAGAAGUACAACGGAACUAUUUGCCCAGAGGCCCAUAUUACGAUGUUUUGUAGAAGGGUGACGGGUUACGUGAACAAUAAUCAACUGUUGUUCCAUUGUUUCCAAGACAGCCUAAUUGGAGCAACAGCCAGGUGGUACAAUCAGUUGAGCUGGGCCAGAAUAAAUUCAUGGAGGGAUCUUGCACAAGCUUUCAUACAGCAGUACAAUCAUGUGACUGACAUGACUCCGGAUAUAAUCAAGCUACAAAACAUAAAGAAGAAGCCUAAUGAGAGCUUUAGGCAGUAUGCACAGAGAUGGAGAGAGAUUGCUAUGCAGGUUCAACCACUGCUCUUGGAGAAGGAAACCACUAUGCUAUUUAUCAACACCUUAAAGGCUCCAUUCAUUACCCAUAUGAUUGGAAAUACUACAAAAAAUUUUGUUGACAUAGUUAUGGCAGGGGAAAUGAUUGAAAACGCCAUAAGGGACGGUAAGAUAGAAGGGGAAACUGCUAAGAGAUCAACCUCAAGAAGAAAUGAGGUGAACAAUGCGAGUAAUUAUAACUUGAAAUCAGCUACGAUUAUUCAACCAAGAGCAGUAACUGUAGGACAGCAGGGUCCGCAAAGGAAUGAAUCUGGUAUGAGACAGAAUUCUGAAAAGAUCCAGUUCACACCCAUUCCAGUGACGUACAAAGAACUUUAUCAGAAAUUAUUUGAUGCACACGUGGUAGCUCCCUUCUACUUAGAACCAAUGCAACCUCCAUAUCCCAAAUGGUAUGAUGCAAAUGUUCAAUGUGAGUACCAUGCAGGGAUAACAGGACAUUUCAUAGAAAAUUGUACUACCUUCAAGAAAUUGGAUAAAAAAUUCACCAAAAUGGGUGUUAUAAAGUUUGAUACAGAGAACCCAUUGCCAAACCAUAGCGAUCAGGGGGUAAAUGUGAUUGGGGAAGAUGAGGCUGAACAAGGAAAUCUGAAGGGUUUUUGUCCCUACAAACUGGAAAGCUCCUUAAACAAUUGGAAGGCAGAGGAACUUCUUGUAGUAUUCAGAAAUUAUACGAAGUAA